AUGUCUCAACUCUCCUAUCUCUCGCACGCUCGCUACGGCAAGGACAAGGUUCGCGUACUCCGCGUCGUGAGGGACGGGGCCUGGCACAACAUUGUCGAGUACAACGUCAGCGUCCUCGUAGAGGGCGACAUCGACAUCAGCUAUACGCAAGCUGAUAACUCUGUCGUCGUCGCGACUGACUCGCGUGCGUACUAUCGAUAUUCCAAUCGAUAUCCCCACAUCGCGAAGACGUCUCCAUAUGUCCUCGUCCCGGAGCGCUUCGCCCUCCACCUUGGAACACACAUAGUCUCCAAGUAUGCGCACUUGCACAAGGCGUUCAUCACGGUGGAGCAACUGCGAUGGCAGCGCGUCCCUAUCGCCCAGGGGCCAGGCCAGACUCCCAAGGAGCAUUCGCAUGCGUUCUACCGGGAUGGUGACGAGAAGCGUACCGUGGAAGUCGAGAUUGACGCGUCUGCCGGCAAGGACAAGAUUGUCGCUCGCGUGACUUCGGGACUGAAGGACCUGCUUGUUAUCAAGACGACGGGCUCUGCAUUCGAGUCUUUCGUUCGCGACGAGUACACCACCCUCGGCGAGGUCAACGACCGUAUCUUCUCGACCUCGAUCGACCUCACCUAUACUUUCGCGCCGUUCAGCAUCCCAAAACCCGCCGACGGGGAGGGUAAGGUCUUCGAUGCGCCAGUCUCCGGGGAUGCUGCUAAGGGGACGUCGUGGGAUGGGGAUGCUCUUGCCGCUUCGACACGCAACAUCACCCUCGAGGUGUUCGCAUUGGAUGAGAGUGCGAGUGUACAGGCGACGCUCUACAAGAUGGGCCAACGCAUCAUCGCAGAGAACCCGCACAUUACGAGCGUCACAUACAAAUUGCCGAACAAGCACUACGUUCCGGUCGAUCUGAAGUACAUCGGUAUCGACAACACGUCACCGUAUGUGCUUCCUCAACCUCAUCGUUUCCUGAUAGGAUGUCGCCAUACAUCCUUGUGCUCACCCAUGUGUUUGCUUGUACAUCUGCAGGCCCAACGCAGAGGUCUUCCUUCCACUUUCGCACCCGAGGUACGUCUUAUCCCGGUAUCCGGCUCUGCUAUCGUGUCAGCGCACUGUAUGGGCUCAGUCUAA